AUGGAAAAAACAUCGUUGAACAACGGAAAAAACAUCGUUGAAGAUAGUAGGGAACUUCGAGAGUUACAAGCUGCUGUGAGCAAUCAUUAUCAGCAGACACAGGUGAAAAGCUUCAUGCGCGAGGAAGGCAUCGACUGGCACCUCAUUCCUCCUGCGUCACCACACUUUGGAGAAAUAUGGGAAGCUGGAGUGAAGUCCUUCAAGUACCACAUCCGGCGAACGAUGGGACCCAUAUGUCCAACUUUCAAAGAUUUGACAACCCUGACUUGUCAGAUUGAGGCUUGCUUGAAGUCUCGUCCUCUCGCGGCACUGUCUGGCGAUCCUACUGACCCGCAAGCCCUCAUACCAGGUCAUUUAUUGAUUGGAACCGCAAUCACAAAAAUCCCUCAGCCAGAUCUAGGUACAACCAUCCUGAGCUUGCUCGGAAGGUGGGAACUACUGCGACAAGGCUUCCAAAUCUUUUGGCGGCGCCGAUCAUCUUACUACCUGCAUCAUCUGCAGCAGUGGACCAAGUGGAUGGUCCCCAGUCAGAAUGUGCAACCUGGCCAGUUAGCGGCGGCGCUGCGCGCGUCAGCAGAAUUACGUUCCCCCGGCGGCAAACAGCGCGCGGCGCGCUGUUGUAAGGUGGCGGUGCUGUGCCCCGACCGUGUCCCCGCGAGAUAA